GCUUUUUACGCACAGACAAGCACACAGCACCUUUAUAUGAUCCAGGCUAGAUGCUAAAGUAGCUCCAGCGUUGGCCUCGCAGACCCACCGAUCCACAAAAGACACCUUAUUAUCACUGAAGUUACCCGGUCACAGCGGCUAUCUACACGUCCAAACGGGGAAGUGCCAUUGGCCUGCGACAGCGUAGUGUUCACAACAAACUUUGCUAUGGGCAAAAAGUCUCGCGAAGAGGACUCCUCAUCCUCUGAAGAAGAAGAAUAUGUUGUGGAGAAGGUGCUGGACAGGAGGGUGGUGAAAGGCAGGGUUGAGUUUUUCCUCAAGUGGAAAGGAUAUUCAGAAAAGCACAACACUUGGGAGCCAGAGAAGAAUCUGGACUGUCCUGAGCUUAUUUCAGAAUUCAUGAAGACCUACAAGAAAGGCAGCAGCAGUGGCGGAAGCUCCUCUUCCAGCGGCGGGGCCAGCAAAACGACCCCGUUGAGCCGCUCCAAAGACUCCAGCGGCUCCAAGAAGAGAAGCUCAGAUGAUGAGGAGGAGGGUGGAAGUAAGCCCAAGAAGAAGAAGGAGGAUGACAUUCUAGUCGCACGUGGCUUUGAGAGAGGACUCGAGCCAGAGAAGAUCAUUGGAGCAACAGAUUCAUGUGGAGAUCUAAUGUUUCUUAUGAAAUGGAAAGACUCUGACGAGGCCGAUCUCGUGCUUGCCAAGGAUGCCAAUCAUAAGUGCCCACAGAUUGUCAUAGCCUUCUAUGAGGAACGUCUCACCUGGCACGAAGACGGUGACAAGAAGGAGAAGGACGCUGUCAGUGCGUGAGUGUACCACCUCAGGAGGAAACCGUACCUCCUCCACUGCAGGGACGAACCUUGAGUCAGACAUUUUUCACACCCAAACCUCCCAUCCUUGCUCUUCACCAUGUAAAACAAAGACAGUAAACACAGCCGUGUUAUCUCCAACCAUGCCCCAGUGGAGCACAAAGGCCCCAGACUGCUGAGAAGGAUCCAUCAGACAGGAGGGGAAGCUGAAGCUGACAUGGGUGACAUGCUACUGGGGAGGGUUUCUGCUGUUCUGUCUUUGUAUUCUUUACCUUCUUUUUAAUGUUUUUACACAUUAUGUUUUAGUGCUUUCAGGAUACGGUUAUGUCAGUAAGGUAUGUUGCAUCCAUGAGCACAUGUGGCCAUCUGUUAAAACUCCACACCUAGUUUUGAGAGCCAGAGUUGGUGCAAGCUGUGUUAACUAUGAGCGUGUCCCAUGGCAGGUGCACAACCCUCAUCAUCAUGUCUUUUAUCGGCAGUGCACCUCUUUUCUUUAAGAACCCACUAACACCACCGAGGAUAAAACCGUAGUACCAUUAUUCAGGAAGCAACCACCGCAGCACUUUCCUGACUGCAUAAUCACUUCCUUUUUUAAAAACUUUUUAUCUCUUGUAGAUUUUUAAGUUUGUCCUGGGUACUGGGGCAUAACGACUCAAUUUGCAAACUUGGAGACAACAAAGGCCAAUUCUGUCUUUAUAAUGUAGUGAUGAUAUCCUUGUUGAUUUUAUUUUUUAUUUUUUAGAAAAUGUCAUUUUUAUCUCUUAUUUCCAAGUUUUAACAUGUGAACGUUGUGUUUUUUUUCUUUUACGCUAUCGAAUCAUAAGUAAAGGACAAUAAAAUAAAUUUUGCUCAGUUUUGAACCUUUUUGGUUUUGUUUUUAAACUGCAGUGUUAUCUUUGGACCAGUCUCAUGUCACAGAUUAGAGUUGGACAAUCUUCACUGUAAACACAUGAACUAAAACCAGCAUUCAUCACCAGGCUCUGCCACCUUGUGGCUAUAACACAAAAAUCUUACAGACAGUGUUACCAAUCUCUAUGAUGAAAAACCUGCAGUUUUAAUGGUGUUAUUGAUCUUGUUGGUAAUACUUUAAUAGUUGUUGUUUUUUAUAGUGGAAAAAGCCACUGCAACAAUUGGAGUAUUUGUUGUUUAUCAUUGUAAUGUUUAAUUUGAAACAUUAAAAAUGGUUUCUGGUAGGUUGAUGCAUUUCCUGGGCUUUAUUGUGACAAGUAAGCUGAUUAUUCUCUGCGAUAAGUAUUCCAAUUAAUUAAGUGAAUGAUGUUAUCUAGCAAAGGGAGUUUAAUUCUUCUAAGCUGGAGGCCAGUUUCUGUAGUUUGAUCUGCGGUGCUCCAACAGGAAUUCUUAGGACCAAAUAUUUAGUGGCUGCAGACUGAUUUUCUUUUUCUAUCAUUUUCUUGCUUUAAUUGGCAUUGUGAAUGAGGCUGUGAGCUUCUCCCCUUUCAUACAUAAAGUACAUUAAUCAUAUCCCUUUUAUAUUGCUAAGAUUAUUGGUUUGGCAUCAUUUCCUUUCAUUAAAAAUAUGUUGUCCUUUCACACCCUUGAGCUUUGUCCUCAGCUUUUGCCGGUGCAGAAUUUUUAAAAAGUAGACUAUUUCUUGUGUCAACUAAAUGUUACAAAUAUGUGUACAGUAGCACCCUUUAAUAAACAUUUUCAAUGUUACAA